UGUGGGCGCCGUUCCCGGCGCGGUGCAGGCCGGGGCUACAUCCGGGUUCCCCGCUGAGGCAGGCGGCGCGGCGGCCCUUCUCUCUCCGGUGUUUCUCUCCUGGGCCGCGGCCCCCCUCUCCCACCGGCGCCAUGGCGAUGCAAGCGGCCAAGCGAGCCAACAUUCGGCUGCCUCCAGAAGUCAAUCGGAUCCUGUAUAUUAGGAAUCUGCCAUAUAAAAUCACAGCGGAGGAAAUGUACGAUAUUUUUGGGAAAUAUGGGCCUAUUCGACAAAUCAGAGUUGGGAACACUCCUGAGACUAGAGGAACAGCCUACGUAGUCUAUGAAGACAUCUUUGAUGCCAAAAAUGCUUGUGAUCACCUGUCAGGAUUCAACGUGUGCAACAGAUACCUCGUCGUUUUGUACUAUAACGCAAACAGGGCAUUCCAAAAGAUGGACACAAAGAAGAAAGAGGAACAGCUUAAGCUUCUCAAGGAAAAAUAUGGAAUUAAUACAGACCCACCAAAAUAAACUGAUCUUUUUGGAAAACUCUUUUCAAGCCCUGGCGCUGAGUUUUUGAACUAAACAUAGGAAUUCUCAAUGAAGUAUAACUUUUUUUUUUAUUUGAUAAGCUGUAAUUUGACUCUUUAGAUCUUCCCAUUAGAAUUAAAUAAAUGUAAAGUGUUGGAAGAUCUGCUUUAGGAUUAAAUCCCCCUAAGUGGACAUGGCUCCUGGUGUUGUAAGGGUGAGCUGGUAAAUGCUGCACGAUCGCAGUCCCGUUUGGAGCAGGACCUCACGAGAUGGGACCGAGCACGCCGAGUGUUCCCCACCUCUUGAAGCUCUGCCCGGCCUCCAGGGCAGGCUUUGAGCCUUGCUGCCUGGUCGUGCAGAGAGCCUGAGGGGCUCUGUGUGAGCAGCCUGCGGGGAGGCAAAUUGCACGUGCUGCUUCCUGAAAAUGGAGCACUGCAGCUAGUCUCCCUGCCACGGGGAGUUCUGUGCUUUUUUUUUUAAACGAAAAUAAGUAUGGUUUGGUGUCAUCACAACUGUCUAUAUUGUAUGUGGUUGGUUUUACCUUUCUCCCCUGGGGAGUGUUUGAGGGAGCCUGACUCCAUUACAUGAUCGCUAGGCUCCUUCUUACUAGAACAAAGCAAGCCCAAAUCCAUGUUUGUAACAAAGUUUCUUUCACAAGCUUUAGAAAAUGAACGGCCUUUUAAAAUGAUCCAGCUGCUUCGGUGGCUUCAGUCAGAGUAUCUUGUUUCCAGUGAUCAAGGUGAAACAGAUAAGCUGCAGUAGAAUGGUUUUGCUCUAAGAGCGUGUUGCUGUGGGGCUGACUCUGGGCGUACGGGCUUUGUACCGCGGUUAGGAGGGGCGGCAGGAACACGCUUCGUGCCUUUUAUGUUGAGAACACCCGACCAAAAGGAGACAGUAGUGGUGGUGGUAAUUUUAGAUACCUGUAGUGCAAUUGUUCUCUACUCACUGUGUUUGAACUGUAAUAUAUCUCACAUACAUAAAUUUUUAGAUGUAGCACCUGGUGGAGGAAAAAGAAAACAUUUAAAUUUUUUGGGUCUCUCAGCACUCACGUCUUGUGAAUAAAAAUGACCGUGAUACAGAGUAUGCACAACCAGUGUAUUUUGGAAUUGGAAAAUAAUAACUUCUACCCCUGUUCUGAACCAGCUGGAAGCCCUGUGCGCAUUGGUAGUUCUCCUGCCUCUCAGGAGGGUUUAUUUGCUUGGCCGUGAUGUUUAACUUGCCGACCGUACAACUUCCAGCCAGUGCAGGCCACGGGCAGAUGCAAACAUGCUUUGCCUGAGGAUUUGUGAUUUAAGUUAAAAUUUUUUUCAGUGCGUUAUAGCGUCAUAAAGGAAUGUUGCCAUUUUCUUCUCCUUAGAUUUUUGUUGAAAUCCGUCACUUAAAAAGCCCUGCUGUUUUUGUGUCCGUUUAAGGGAAAAAAUAAAUGUGUGUCUGCCUA